GUAUAGUAGGUAGGUGCCAUUAUAUGUAUAUAUAGUAUAUAAUGCCAGCUGGUUGUUGCUUUCACAACUUGUACAUCUACCUAGCCAAGCUUCCAUCCGGCCACAUCUCAUAUAUCGAUCCAUCUCAAUAUAUGUAAAUAAAUAUAUCAUUGGAUCAAUUGAAUACAUACAUCCAUUGAUCGAUCAUCUUCCUAUCGAUCCUAAUUAUAUACCUCGCAAAAAGAAUCGUCUGAUCGAGAUCCAUCUGCAUAUAUCAUAUCAUGACUCUCUUCAGCUUCAGGAAGCUAUCCAACACCAAAUCAGCACCAAGAAAAAAGGAUGAUGAAGCUGUGAAAGAGAAGGAAGGCAGCUGCUUGAGGAACAAGUCAUCAAGCGUGAACCGCGAAUACAUGGAAGCUUUUAGAACCAAGUCUUACGUUGAAGUCUACGACAAAGUUCAAACACAGCUGCUAACCGGCGCCGGAAUUAUGAGCCGCGCCAAUACUUGCGGCGGUGCGGCGGAAGACCGUCUACUCACCAUACCCUCCUCCUCUUCAUCUUCAUCACAGCGCCGCCUCCAACUCUGCCACUUGUCAGGUGCCGCUGAUGAUGACUUGCAAUAUUAUUACUCUUCCCAACCUCAUGAUCACCAUCCCCUUCUCAAUGAAUACUUCCUCGUCAGCCUCGAAGCCUGUAAAAUGUGUGAAUCGCUCCUCAAAAAUGUCCUCCACACCAGAACCAACUAUGACAAGAACAUCAAAUGCGCUACCAAAGGCGUGAGCGGGCGGGGGGUUUGGAGCGCCGAGCAGCUCCGAUGUGCGUAUGCGCACUUGGAGUCAUUCUCGGCGCUCAAAAACCCACUCUCCACCGCCUCGCAGGUGCGGUUCAAUGAGGUGCAGGACAACCACUUCGCCCUGCUACACCGCCUCACCUCACGCACAAGGAAGCUGAAGAGGAAGAUGAAGGUGAUGAGGCUGUUACGCAAGACAUUGGGGGCCACGCUCGCAGCAGGCUGCGCAGCCCUCGCUCUGGCCUUCACGCUUGUCGCGGUUCACUGCGCGGCCCUUUGUGUGCUGGCGGGUCCCGGGGUGGUGUCUUUAUUAUUGUGGAAGAAGGGGAAGAAGCAGCAGGAGCACCAGCGGCGACGGGUGCGGGAAAGGGGGUACAUGCAGCUGGACGCGGCCGCAAAGGGGGUGUACGUUCUGAUCAACGACUUCGGGACGAUGAGUAGGCUGGUGGGGAGGGUGUACGAUGAGACGGAACACAACAGAGCGAUUGCGGGGUUGUGCGCGAGAAAGAAAAAUGAUGAGAUGGUGAAGGAGGUGGUGCGCGACUUGGCAGCACACGAAGCGGGCUUCUCCGACCACUUGAAGGAGCUGGAACAACACAUCUAUUUGUGCUUUCUCAACAUUAUUAGGUCGAGGAGGAUGGUUCUCCAACAAAUUAUCAACUGAUCCCAAAAUUUAUUUCAUUCACAUAAGUACUAGUCUAUACUCCCAUCCCUUCCAAAUGAAAUAUAAACUUUGACUUCACACUAAUUAAGAAAAUAAAUUUGACUUUACUGUAGAGUACACUGUUCUUACACUGUUUGACACUGUUUUGCACUGUUUUGAUGUAGAUAAUUUGUCAAAUAAUGAAGAGAGAAGAAGUGUGAAGUUUAUUAUAUUCUUACCAACUAUGCCUAGCAGCAUGCAUGUUUAACUUUUGCUACAAGUUUUUUUUUAUUUGUACGUGAUGAGCAGACACGGCAUGUACAUACAAACAUAGUCUACUGCACGUAUAUAGCUAGCAUGUGUACGUAGUUCAUUUUCAAUCCCUCACAGUAUAUAUUAGUUUUGGUAUUGAUAAAAGUAUGAAUGGAAUAAAAUUGUAAACUGAUUUUCUUGCC